CAAUUUCCAAACACAAAAACCUCAUCUUAAUAAAAUUUUCUUCUAUUUGUCCUGGAAAUCAAAAGAAAUGGGUUUGAGUUUCAGAGAUAAAGCCUGGAUUUUUCUGGCGAUUCUUUGUUGUUCAUCAUUCAUCUGUUCAGUAAAAGCAACAGUCUCUUAUGAUCGUAAAGCUGUGAUCAUCAAUGGACAGAGAAGAAUUCUUCUCUCGGGUUCCAUACACUAUCCACGAAGCACCCCUGAGAUGUGGCCUGGUCUGAUACAGAAAGCUAAAGAAGGAGGCUUGGAUGUUAUAGAGACUUAUGUUUUUUGGAAUGGCCAUGAACCUUCUCCUGGGAAUUAUUAUUUUGGAGACAGGUAUGAUUUGGUUAAAUUCAUCAAGUUGGUACACCAAGCUGGUCUCUAUGUUAAUCUCAGAAUAGGCCCUUAUGUCUGUGCUGAAUGGAACUUCGGGGGAUUUCCGGUUUGGCUCAAAUUUGUUCCCGGUAUGGCUUUUAGGACGGAUAACGAACCCUUCAAGGCUGCAAUGAAGAAAUUCACUGAAAAGAUUGUAUGGAUGAUGAAAGCAGAAAAGUUGUUUCAAACCCAAGGAGGACCCAUCAUUCUUGCACAGAUUGAGAAUGAGUAUGGACCAGUGGAAUGGGAAAUUGGAGCACCAGGAAAGGCUUACACGAAAUGGGUAGCUCAAAUGGCAUUAGGACUCUCAACAGGUGUUCCAUGGAUUAUGUGCAAGCAAGAGGAUGCUCCUUCUCCUAUUAUAGACACGUGCAAUGGUUAUUACUGUGAGAAUUUCAAACCGAACUCAAAUAACAAGCCAAAGAUGUGGACAGAGAACUGGACUGGUUGGUAUACAGAGUUUGGAGGGGCUGUACCGUAUAGACCAGUUGAAGAUAUUGCAUACUCAGUUGCAAGAUUCAUACAAAACGGAGGUUCCUUUGUCAAUUACUAUAUGUAUCAUGGAGGGACGAAUUUCGACAGAACAGCUGGUGAGUUCAUGGCAUCAAGCUAUGACUACGACGCUCCUCUAGAUGAAUACGGCUUAAUAAGAGAACCGAAGUAUAGUCACUUAAAAGCAUUACAUAAAGUCAUCAAGCUCAGCGAGCCAGCUUUGGUUUCUGCUGAUGCAACCGUCACAUAUCUUGGAGCUAAACAAGAGGCUCAUGUGUUCUGGUCUAAAUCACAUUGUGCUGCGUUUUUAUCGAACAACGAUGCAAACUCUGCAGCGAGAGUUAUGUUCCGUGGAUUCCCAUAUGAUUUGCCUCCUUGGUCAGUCAGUAUUUUACCUGAUUGCAAAACAGAAUAUUAUAACACCGCAAAGGUUAAUGCACCAAGAAUACACAGGAAUAUGGUUCCAACAGGUACAAGAUUCUCUUGGGAAUCGUUCAAUGAAGCGUCUCCUUCUGCAAAUGAAGCUGGUACGUUUGCAAGAAACGGGCUUGUGGAACAGAUAAGCAUGACUUGGGACAAGUCUGACUAUUUCUGGUAUCUAACAGACAUCACAAUUGGUGCUGGUGAGAGGUUUUUGAAGACUGGUGAUUUUCCUCUUCUUACCAUUUGGUCAGCUGGACAUGCUCUUCAUGUGUUUGUAAAUGGCCAGCUUGCAGGAAGUGCUUAUGGAGGACUUUCUCACCCAAAACUAACCUUUAGCCAGAAGAUCAAACUACACGCAGGUGUCAACAAGCUUGCUCUGUUGAGUGUUGCAGUUGGUCUUCCGAAUGUUGGUCAACACUUUGAGACGUGGAAUAAAGGGGUUCUUGGACCGGUCACACUGAAGGGAGUUAACUCGGGAACAUGGGACAUGUCGAAAUGGAAAUGGUCCUAUAAGAUUGGUGUGAAGGGUGAAGCUAUGAGUCUUCAUACGGACAGUUCCUCUGUGAGAUGGAAUCAAGGAUCAUACGUGGUCAAGAAGCAACCAUUGACCUGGUACAAGUCUAUUUUUGCCGCACCAGCAGGAAACGAACCGUUGGCCAUAGACAUGAACACUAUGGGAAAAGGUCUAGUUUGGAUAAACGGUAGAAACAUUGGACGUCAUUGGCCUGCUUAUAAAGCUCAAGGAAACUGUGGACGUUGCAACUACGCUGGAACAUUCGACGCAAAGAAAUGCUUGAGUAAUUGUGGUGAAGCUUCUCAAAGAUGGUACCAUGUACCACGUUCAUGGCUCAAGUCUCAGAACGUUAUAGUUGUGUUUGAAGAAUGGGGUGGUGAUCCUUAUGGAAUCUCACUGGUGAAAAGAACCUGAAAGCUUCUUCUUGAUUUUAUCCUGAGUUUUCAAGACAAGUAAGAUUGUUCGUCUCUCUUGGCUCUGCUUUGAAGAUAGGGACAGAGCUGGACAACUACAAUAAUUGAAUUGUGCAGUUACUACAGCAUAUUAUACAACAUGUACAUUACUGUUUUUUUCUUUUUUGGUCAACUAAAUGUACAUUACUGAUCAUCAUAAAUA